UUAAGAAAGUUACAAUAUCAUAGUGGUCUCUAAGCUGAAGGUUCGGGAGUAAAUCCUCAUCCCAGCUCUUUUAUGGAAUCAAUCCACAUCCUAAAAAUGCCAUGAAAGGCGUUCUUACUACGCCUGGAAGAUUAGUUUUAAUAGAACUUGAAAUAUAGCUUAGAAUAGAUGGCUUGGAGGUGAUGGCUUCCAUAUGCCUACAUAUCUAUAUGAGUCAGGGAACACCGUUGCCAAAGUUCUUUAUAUUUUUCCUACAACAUUUGAAGUUAACAUACGGAAUACUAAUCACAGCUCGAAGAUGGAUAGUCAGGAUUUAACGCAAACGAACUCCACGAUGACCCGCAAAACCAGGGAUUCCGACACCACCUCGAAAAUCACUAUGGCCAACCUGUUGUCCCUACCGUCAUCCUUGUCCAAGCCAACAACCCGCGCGAAUGCUCAGGAUCAGCUGAAUGGCUCCUCGUCAAUGUCCAAGUACACGGAGCGCAUGGUGGAGGAUAUCCUAGCUGAGAUUUUCAAGGAGAGACGCGGAGACUUCCCGGAAACCUCCUCCUCUUGCCGCAUGGCUGAGAUGCCUUGGCCACGUGAGGAGCAAGAACCGCAUGUGGACAAACGCCUUCGGUACUGGAAGGAGGUCCUGCAUCAACGUAGGCAGAUGCAGCAACGUGUCCAGCAGGAGACGGGAAAGCUGGCCAGCGAGGUGCUCUUUAACCGACGUUCCACGCUGGACAAUCGCGAUGGGCAGACGGUGAAGCGGGUGUUGGACUACGCGGAUCGCAUGGAGUGCGAGCAUUUGAUGGCCGCGCCGGUUUCCAAGCUGGGCGACAUCCAGGAUCCUUGCACAUGCCAAGUGAUUCGAGGCCCAGAAUCUACGCUACCGAAGGCCGAGAGAGUCGGCUACAAGGAUGUGGAGAUCAUUGGCUUGCCCGGGGUCAGCAAGUGGGAACUGCUGGGCCAGGAGGCCUUAGAGCAGAAGCCUCCUCCCGGUUGGCUGCAGUCGGAGUUCCUGGACGAACGUCUGGAGCAGCGCUUUCCAGAGAUUCAAAACGUGGUGCCCUUCUUUCCCGACAUAGAGGCUCUGCAGGUUAAGGGCACGGCCAUCAGCAAGCUUGAAAACCCACCGAAGCCAGUCCUGGUCAGUGUGGAAUCCAUGCACACUGUGACCAACAGCGAAAGUCCAGAAAUCUGCUCCGAGGAGUGUACCUGCGAGUCAUGUGGUGAAACGGAGGAGAAAUCGACUGAGGAUCAACCGCCUGCCAUUCCGGAUGUGGGGCUGCGGGUUAACGGAGUGGACUACAUUCCGGGCGAGACAGCCAACGGCGGGAUCAAGGACUGCUUCGAGGUGGUCAGCCGGUUCAAGUGCGAUCCUUACCAGCGCCGACUCAAGCUCGUCCUAAAACUGACCAACAUCGGCCAACAGACACUCUCCUUUACCUGGAAACAGAGCACUUACUACUACAACCGGGGAUCUCUGUUGCUGGCCCGGGACAACGAGUUCCAUUUCGAUCUUGAGGGCUUCCGGCUAUCAUACGGCGAGACCCGGAAUGUGGCGGUGCUGUACCAGCCGCGGAAGGUGGCUAUGACCAUGGAGUUGUGGCUGCUUCAUGUGGAGCCGCGAAUCUUCUGUGGCCGCCAGGAAUCGCUGCUGCUCCGUUUACACGGACGCUGCUCGCCGCCGGCGGAUUACUUGGCCAAGCUACUGGAGUGCCAGUGCGCCUGCAUCUGCAAGUCAGAUGCCGUGGUCAUGGACAAGUUGACCACACAUUUGGGUGCACUGGCUCCGUUGGUGGUGCCUCCGCCGGCAUGCUGUCCUUACGAUCGACCCCUGGACGAUAGGGAAGCCUUUAACACCUUGAAUCCGGGGUAUAACUGUGCCCGUUUCGAUGACCUGGAAGUGCUCCGCGAUUUCCACAAGACUUUGAAAAAGCCGAGGGAGCCCCUUUGGGAUCUGCGCCUCUCCACGAUCAAGGAUUACAUUCUGCGGGUGGAGGGUGUGCUGGAGCGGGAAAAGAUCUUUGCCGAAUUCAACAGCCUGCUUUCUCCUCUUGUGGGUGGAGCAUCGCCUCUGAGCACGUCUACCCAGCGAGAUGAGCAGAAACAGCGCUCGCGAUUCAUAUAUGUGCGUGGCGUGAUCUGCAAUGGGAUCGCCGAGUGGGAGGACCUUAUGUUCAACGUGCAGGACUCGUUCUUCAAGCCGGAGCUACAGCGGUACUACCAAAACCUUCUGGACGAUCACGAAGAAGGGGAAGAAGAAGAGGACGGUGAGAGGCAAGAGCAACCAAGUCCAAUAACGCCCAUCGACAUGGAGAAACUAAUGGAAAUUCUGGGCGAAGAGGAGUUCGACGAGGAAAAGAUCCGAGUGGCGGUAAUGCGCAAGCUGUACAAGUCAAAGUACUUCCGAGACUCUUUGUACAUCCAAACGUACUCACAUCUGUGCAACAUGUCCGAGGACAUUGUGUCCGUCAUCGAGAGCACGGAAGUGGUGCCAACCUAGUUCCGGAGAAGUUCAGAGGAUAGCUAUUACUUCUCCUUCAGAUAUGCCUGUAAAAAUCAUUUGUUUUCGAAUUAAAUUAAGUUUAGUUUGUAAA